UAACGGUUCGGUACCGUUCAAAUUGAAAUUCAGAUUCACCAAUUUCCUCUCUCUCUCUCUCUCUCCCUCUCAUACACAGUGGUAGAUAGAGGAGCAUGGCGAUGGAAGAACAUGAUGAAGAAGAGAAACAGAAAUUAGGGUUUUCGUACUGGAAAUCGAUUCCUCGAAGUUUCGGACCCGAUUCUCCUUUCUUUGCUUCUGGAAACAUCGAGAGGGAACUUCUCGCCAAACAGGUGGCAUUGGACUUAACUGAAGAUGAGAAACAUCAGCUUCAGAAUAUGGUAGUUGAGGAAGGCGGGGGGAUCUUUUGCCCAAUUGUUGGUUGUGGUUCACGUUUGACUUCUUUGGAGAACUUCGAAGAUCAUUAUAAUGCACGGCAUACUGCCUCCUGUUCAGUAUGCUCUAGAGUUUACCCAACAUCACGUCUGCUUAGCAUACACGUAUCUGAACUACACGAUUCGUUCUUUCAGGCUAAAGUUGCACGUGGUUAUGCCGUGUAUGAAUGCCUGGUGGAAGGCUGUGGUUUGAAGUUCAAGAGCUAUAAAAGUCGACAAAGGCAUCUAGUGGACAAGCAUAAAUUUCCCACUUCAUUUGAGUUUUACAAGAAGGCCCAUCUAUCAAAGAAGCAGAGGCAAAAACUCCAACGCAAACAAGCUACUCAUAAGAGAGAGGAAGAUUCAUGUAUGGAAGUAGAUAAUGAAUCCAUUGAUGGCCUCAUCUCAGGAAUCUCCAAACUAAGCACUUCAGACUCUCCUUCAUCUGUCAGCUUUGGUCGCCGCCACACUCGUGGAUUGACUUUUGUCCCUCGUGCUGUUCAGCGAGAAAAAAUGCCAGAUCUGACAUCAGCUGGAACAAAGAGAUAGCAAGUCUGCUUUUCGGCCAAAUUUGGGUUCACUAUAAAAUCCUCUCCACUCACCAUCUCUGUUGAUUGAUUCUGCUACAGCUUUUGAAGCUGAUUUAAAAAGAGGGGGGAAAGAAGGUUAUUAGAAAGACUUUCAAUGUGGUAGAUGAUGUUUGGGUUCUCUCUCUGAGAAUCUACCCUCUGAAUUUCUAUCAGAGGUAUCAGUUGGUAGGAAGUUUGAGCUUUUCCUUUCCCCCUUUUGUUUUGUGACUCCAUGUGGUUUCCAUAACAUCACAGAUGUCCCCUCAUAGGCUCAAAUGGAGACCUAAGAAGAAUUAUUUAUAUGCAUGAUAUUAUUGUAAUGAAGUAUAAUCGCUUGUCAGGAGCGGCUGGUGUUAAUUUGAAGAGAACUUGAGUUCUAACUUCUAA